GAUCAGAGUUUGAUCCGAUCUGACCGCCAGAAUCCGUGUCCUACUUCCGAUCUCCGAUAAAUUUCCCAUGCUGAUCUCUCCACCAGCCUGCAGCCCCAGCGUGGCCGGCGGCGGCGGCAGGCAUGCACGUGGGAAGCGGGAGGCGACCGGUGUGUGCACGCACGCACGCUACAAAGACGGGGCUGCAUGCAUGGGCGAUGGUUGGUCUCGCGGUGCCGGUGAUGGAGGAGGAGGAGGAGCGGCAGGAGCCGAUCGAUCGAUCGAUCUCUAUAGGAGGCAGCGGGGCGGCGGCGGAAGGGGGAGGAGGAGGACGCAUCACGCGUGCGUGGGUCGAUGAGACGACGGGAGGAGGGAUCCCGGGGCGCGCGCCCGUGCGGUUCGCCCCGCAUCUCGGCUAUAAGUAUCAGGCCCCCCUCGCGGCCUCGAUCGCUCGCGCGCGCACGUACGUACGGGCAGUUUAUCUUCCCGAGUCCGGAUCAAGGCGGAGCCCUCGCGCGCGGCGCCGCGGCUGCGGGAGUCGACGACGACGACGACGACAGCCGCCGCGUUGCCGUCAUCAGGGAUCUUUCGAAACUUUAUUAGGGAUCGUGAGUUACGAACGACGGGAUCACGGAAGAGAUGGCGAGCUACGAUGACGACGAGCCCCACCUCGUGGAAGACGAAUACGAUGACCUGGAUGAGUUCAUCGUCGAUAACGACGACGACACGCCGCUAGGAGAGGAGAAUCAAGAUGAGUUUGAGGAAGAAGAACAUGAGGAGGAGGAAGAACACGAGGAAGAGGAAGAGGAGGAGCCUCCGUUUGGGCAAGUAGAGAUCCUUACACUCAGGGAGCAAUUAAAGGCGAACAUUAGGAGAAAAAAUCAAGCACAACAGGGCGCCGCCGCCGGCAGGGCUAGCUGCUCGUCGUCCGUGCAGGCGCCUGUCAAGGACAGAUUUGGUACCUUCUUUGGGCCGUCUAGACCUUCACUUUCUCGCAGAGUCAUGGAGGAAGGGCGUUCAUCAAUAAUCAAAGAAAACCCUAACCUACCGUCCAAGAAAACCAAUGUCUCUUUGGCCUCGAAAGCGAAAACGAUCGCAGGUGGGAAGCAGCAGAGGCCGAAGCUUGUUAGUGAGUUGCAGGAGAAAAAAAAGGUCGACGCACUCCGUCAGAAUCGGGAUUAUUCAUGUCUGUUCUCAGACGACGCUGAUGCUGCACAGCCUACAAAGGAACAAUCUGACAAUAUGCUUGCAUUGCCUAAGAAAUGUGAGGUAUUAAAACGCAGCGGAUUGAAGGGUGCACCUCCCAUUCAGAGUCGUGUAGGAUUAGCCGGAAAGGAGACUCAUCCAAAUACGAAGAGGAUGAUCUCUUCUGCCAAAAAUGGAUCGAACCUGCCUGCCAUGAAGAAAAUUCAGAAGGUACAGCCAUCCUCCAAUGGCCAGAAGGUCCAGCAGACACCGCAGAGCAAGAGGCCCCAGGCAACGUCCUCACAAAGCCAUGGCCAACAAUCGAUGCAAUGUCGAAAGCCUGAACAAUCUCUCAAUGGUCAGAUUUCUAGGCAAAAGGUGUCAGCCCAGUCUCUUGAGAGAUCAAGAUUAUUAGCACACAAACAGUUAGCUCCUUCCUCAAAAUCAAAGCCACCUCGACCAAUCUCUUCGAGUGCACUUCGCAAUGAUCACGGGAAGACAAGGCGUAUACUGAAAAGGAAAUCCAUGGAGGGAUGUGAUGAACAGGAGGUUGACUAUUCAUCAAUCAUCAGAGGAUUGUUCAACUACAAUCCUGAGAAAUUCGCUGGUAGAGAUGAAGAUGACAGAGACAUGGAAGCCAGUUAUGCCAGCAUACAAAUGGAAGAGAGAAGAAGUGCAAGACUUGCAAGGCAAGAAGACGACGAACAGCUUCGCCUGAUCGAGGAGGAAGAGAGGCGUGAGCAGCAGGAGAGGAAGAGAAAAAGGCAAUAGUAGAGCCAAGAAAGUAUCAGUUCAUUAGUAAUGCCGACCUGGACAAGAUUAGAUUUUUCUCAUUAGUGCUGACUAAUUGUGGUGAAGCUCCUAGUUAUUUGCCAUCUGGCUGAUGGCCACUGCAACAGAAAACUGUAGCUUUUGUAGGUCAAUUUGCUUAGACAUGAAUAACAGAACAUGUUUACGGACGAGGAGUAGGACGACGAUAAAAACUAUAUUCUCUUGUUUGCUGCGACUGGCGUAACGGCCUAACGGGACUGGUUGACGGCUGUCUUUUUGCCAUAAUUUUCUUUCAUGUUUUCUUAGCUUCACGCAUCCUUCCCCAAUGGGUAAACGUACUUUUUUUUUU